CCUAAUCUCGAUGUAACAAAGAUUAUCCGAUUUUCACUUUUAUUGUUUUUUUGGUUUUUUUCAAGUUCUUUUGUCUGUUUCGGUGGUGAAAGAAGAAGAGAGAAGGAAGGGCAGAACCAUAACAGACUUGUACUUGAUCUGACGCAGGCUGAGCUGGUCGAGAUCUUUCAGCUUUCGAAAGAUGCUCGAUGCUCGAAACAUCGUCGGGAAUUCAUCCUUCUCCUCUCACGCAAACGGAUCGGGUCUUCCCGAGAAGACGACGAGUGGCAACAUUACUAUUCAACCUUCGGACCGGAACCCUAAUGAGGGCAAGCAAAGUAUUACGUCCGACAUGGAAACGAUGAAGGAAAAGUUUGCGGUAUUGCUUCUGGGAGGAGACAUGACUGGCGGUGUAAAAGGUGUCUCCUCCGCUUUCGCCUUAUCCAAUGCCAUCACCAAUCUUGCCGCUUCGGUAUUUGGGGAGGAGAUGAAAUUGGAGCCGAUGUAUCCCGGGACGAAAGCGAGAUGGAGGAAAGAAAUGGACUGGCUAUUAUCAGUGUCUGAUCACAUUGUGCAUCUUGUUCCUUCUAAACAAGUGACCAAAAAUGGCGGAUUCACAGAGAUCAUGGUGGCAAAGCAAAGAGACGAUCUGCAAAUGAACGUUCCAGCCCUCCGUCAGCUUGAUUCAGUGCUCAUUGAAACUCUCGAAAACUUCAAGGACCAGAACGAGUUCUGGUAUGCUUCCAGAGAUGUCGAGGAAGCGGAAAACGGUAGAGAUUGGAGAAGAGAUGGGAAAUGGUGGGUACCGGUCGCUAGGGUUCCACCAAACGGAUUAUGUGAGGAGACGAGAAGAUGGUUGCAUUACCAAAAGGAUGCUGUCACGCAAGUUCUGAAAGCGGCCAUGGCCAUUAACGCUCAUGUCUUGUCCGAGAUGGAGAUCCCUGAGAGCUACGUCGAGUCUCUUCCCAAGAAUGGGAAGACCAGCCUCGGCGACUUCCUCUACAAGAGCAUCACAGAAGAUUACUUUGAUCCGGAGUACUUCCUCUCAUCACUCGACCUAUCGAACGAGCAUAAAAUGCUCGAUCUGAAGAACAGGAUCGAAGCUUCGAUCUUGAUCUGGAAGAGGAAGAUGCACCAGAAAGAGAAAGAGGGCAAAUCCUCAUGGGGAUCGACCGUCAGCUUGGAGAAGAGGGAACUAUUCGAAGAACGAGCUGAAUCCGUCUUGGUUCUGCUCAAACAACAGUUCCCUGGAAUCCCACAGUCCGUGCUCCACGUCUCCAAGAUUCAACACAACAAGGAUAUAGGACAAGCGAUUCUGGAAAGCUAUUCGAGGAUAUUAGAGGGUUUGGCUUUCAAGCUUGUGUCAAGGAUAGAUGAUGUUCUUGAAGCAGAUCUGUUAGCUCAAAGACAAGUGAUGGGAGAAACAGAUGGACUGUCGGAAACAGAAACAGAUUCUGGAUUGUCUUCAGAUAUCGAAGAACACCCCGACAAGCCAGCCAUGGCCGAGACACCGAACUCGAGGAAACUAUCAGACUUCAUAGGAUGGAGACUGACCUCAGAGACAAAGAGACAUAGUUCAAUGAGCGAAAUCGAAUGUUACCAUGACAAACCAUUGUACAAGUCUCCGAAAGCGACCCCCAAGAAAUUCUCGUACCUUGCAAAGCUCGAGAACCUGAGAAUCCCGACGGAGAGACACUGAGAGAGUGAUCAGAUUACAAGGGGAAGUUAAAGAAGCGAAAUAGAGAGAGAGAGUGUGUGUUCAAUGCUUGUGACUGUACAUAACAAUGUCAGUGAUUUGGUUUAGGGGUCUGGACAGAAUGUGCUGCGGAUUUAGGAGGAGAUUUCGGCCGUAGGGGCUUCGUGUUUUUGUGAGCGGCUCGAUUGAUCGAUCAGUCGGGUUUUCUGCGUUUCAGUGUUUGUGAAUUGCUUCCGGUUGUUUUGGAGAUGGAAGUGUGAUUCAGUCUGACAAUGUAUACACUCUUUUGUUGUUCUGCUGAUGAACGUUUUGGUUUUGGUUAUGUUCUUUGUUGCUCUCUUACAAACCAUAAGCUUUUUUUGACAAUUCAAUUAUAUAUAUAUACACACACUCACAGAAGAGGGCAGUGAUAGAUUGUAAUGAAAACAUAAAUCAUAAUAGAUUUGUUAAUCGUAAAUCUGCUCGGUUCAAUCUGGGUAAUU